GAAGGUUAGAUAACAUUUUACUUACUUAAAUUUUGACUCUGUUAGUAUUUGGCAAGUGUUUUUAUUCUUAUGUUUAUGUGGUGUUUGGCAAAUUUUUAUUUAAAUCCUUAUUUAUAGAGACGUUGACACACGAUGGGAGUGACACGAUUUAUAUUGGCGGCCUAUCUUCUUCAAACAGUAUUUGGGUAUUACACUCUUAAGCAGCUGUCAUAUACGCAACUUGCCACCAGCAGCAGUAGAGGGUCCUAUGUUUAUGGGGGACUGAACCUUGGCACAGCAACCGAUGCCGCUUAUGACUUUGUGAACAAUAUUGUAUAUAUAAUAGGAGAGACGAGCCACUUCAUGCAUGUGGUAGAUAUUGCCGAUCCAAAACAUCCUACAGUAUUGUUCAUACAUGAAUUCGCCAAAGGAGAAGGGGUGCCUAGAUCUAUUGACAUUUGUGGUGACGAGAUCGCUGUGGCGUUAGCCGCACAGACGGAUAUAAAUGAAGGUCACGUACGGUUUUAUAAAACAUACACUAAAAAUUCCGGGGCAACAGGCAUGACACUCGACGGUUAUGUGACCGUUGGUCCCCAUCCAAAACAUUUGAAAUAUACAGCGGACUGUGGAAGUACUAUAGUAGCUAACGAAGGUAUUGCAGGCAAAGAUGAGACUGGGCAAUACACGGAUCCCGAGGGUUCUAUUACUAUCAUACACGGAGAGAGAACAGGCAACCCUUCUGUCAGACUUGUCGAUUUUGCAGCACUCAAUAUUGGACAACCUAAUUACAACCCGAAUUUAAGAGCCCCAUCACUGUACAUACCAACCAGCACGUUAUCACCAACGACAACAGUAGCCGAGGAUUUAGAACCAGAAUACGUAACAAUUAGUAGCGAUGGUCGAACAGCUUACGUCACACUUCAGGAAAACAACGCUGUGGCCGUAAUAGAUAUUAAUAACGGAGUAAUAUCCAGCAUUAAACCACUACCUAGGAAGUCCUGGACCACAUCUACAAAUAGUUUAGACGCUAGCGAUCGUGACGGAGGUGUUCAUCGAAGAACGUUUUCCGGACUUCAGUCAUUACGUCAACCAGGUGUGAUCAAAUCUCUCGAGGUGAAUAGAAAGAAAUACCUAUUUACUGCAGAUGCAGGUGCUGUUAAAAGUUUCACCAGCUCCAAACAUGGAUUUACCUGGACGGAUAUGGCCACUGCAAGAUCUCUAAGUAAAAGUAUUGAACCAGCACUUACUGAUCUAGUGACAAACGUAAACAACGAUGAAAUGUUAGGUCGACUCCAAGUCAGCAAGGUCGAUGGAAAGAAUGUGUUCAACCAACAAUUCCAGCAUCUCGAGGCUUUCGGCGGGCGGGGUUUUUCCAUCUGGGAUGCCAGUAACAUAAAUGCCCCUAUAUAUGACAGUGAUGGGGCCCUUGAGGAGUAUAUGGAGGCUUAUGAUAAAAGCGUUUUUAACACAGAUUAUAUUUCAAAUCUGAAUUACGAGUCACCUGAGCAACACAGAGAUGCGGUUUCAUAUCGACAGGGAGCUCAAGUAACAGGCUUGGAUGUCGCUGAGGAUAAUGGAACUAUCUUUCUUGUUGCUGGUACAUGGAGCACGGGAACAUUAUUUGUGUACACAGUUGACGUCAGUUCCGGUCAACCUAUCCCACAGUUCAACAGUGUAUUCAGAUCCGGCAGAAAAGACAUCCCGUGGAAAGAUCUGUACCAGAACUUAACUGUCGGUGACUUAUACAUCUCUGACCUAGGGAUUAUUCCCAGUGAGCACAGCCCUACGGACAGUCCGCUACUGUAUGUUAUCAGUACAGGUGCAGGUGCCUUAUCAGUGUACUCUAUAGAGAAGCAGACAACAACUAUCCCUGGCUCCAUUUAAAUAGAAGAUGAUGGACAGAGUCUGUAUUAUCGUGACUUUUCUUCUUUCUUGUUAGUCAUGUGUAUUGAAAUAAAAUGCCGCUUCAUGCAACUUCUUUCAA